UCGGUCGGUGCAAUACGCGCGCGGUCGAAGGAGGUCGCGGGCGUCGCCGGUACACUAACGUACACUUAAAUUACCUCGCCGAAAAGAAAAAGUGUACCAAUUGAGCUGUGCAAGAGCUAGACGUAAAUCAAAUUGAAGAUGCCCGAUAAAGUGGAUAAUAAUUAGUGGAAGACGUGAAAGCGUUGGGAGAAAAAUUCGUGAGAGUUUGUGUUAGUGUGAUUGUGCAUUUGGCGGACAACAUCCGGUUGUGGCGCUAGUGCGCGGCUGUAGCCGGUUCCGUUAACGAGUUGUCUAUGCAGCGUUGGAUAUUUUUGUACCGAAAAAUUCAUAAAUUUUCCACAGCUUGCCUCACAACUACUUUUAAAAACCAAGAUAGACGUCCGGUUUGGUGCUUUGGGCGUGACGCGAGAUAAAGGAUCGACUCCCACAACGACGACAUCAUGGAAAGCAUAUUCAAGUACCACGCCUCCGCCGCUGAGAGCUUCAUACACUGAGUUCUUGACGACAGUGACCAGGGUUGGGGUGAAUAAUGGGAAAAAGGAACGGACGGAUCAAGUUCGCACAUUCCAUUGGUCCGCCGGCCGAGCCCAGCACGCCGGGCCCGCGCGAGUAGCACCCCAGCCCACGCGCGCACACCUGCACUUCAGUUACCGACGCUCUAGCGACUGCCAAUAAAGUACAAGUCAUACCGGGUUAUAAAUCACUUAUUUAAAAUUAGAUGUAUUUACUGUAGUACAAAGACAAAGCGAACGCAAACAGUGAAAGUUUGCUUUAUGUAGCAAAACCGAUUGAUGUAGAAGACCGAACCGAGUAGACGUCCUCGGUUGAAUAAUUGAAACGGCAGACAUGACGGCCACUGCCCCAGAACUGUCAAAGUCGGAUUUCUUUGAUUUCGUGACGUCGCAUGAAGUUACUGAUGCCCAAUAUAAACAACAAAUGCGAUCUGUGAAUGUGUUCAUGGAAUCUCCAGACUCCAGAUCGAAUCCCUUGCUCUCGGAAGAGCCCAAGGAACAGAACAACAACAACCUCUUGAGUAUCGCGGGUCCGCAGGCGACCGCCACCGCAGGUAUGGCCACGGCGACCACUUCCACCACCUUACAAAGUUUUGACUCUAUCUGGAACGUGGAUCGCGACCGCGAUCGAAUAGAUACAGCCAUGUUAGAAGAUCUUAACAAGUAUUACUGGAACCCACCAGAAAGUGAAAUCAAUGGCUCACAUCCUAUCUCUGAUACAGCUAUUUCAAAUAAACUAAUCAGUAAUACUGAUGGGCAAAUAUACACAUUAACCGUACUCAACCAAGAUAUAAAUGAAACGAGUACAAAUCGGUACUGGGGAAAAGACGAAGAAGUAUCAAUGUCGAGUCCAACGGACAUUGAACAACCGCCAUCUUUAGACUUGGAAUCGAUACUGAACAUGAAUGGGUUCCCCAACGAUUUCAACCAAGAUUUACCAAAAGUAGACGGCUUCAACUAUGAAGACGCUGAUUCAGAAAAUCAAAGUAAUGAUAUGAAUACGAGUAAUUUAGUAAAGGUUGAACCUUACAACUACGAUGAAACUGAGUUUGCGAGUAAUGAUAAGACUGAUGACCCUCACAGUCCUAUCGUCGGAACACCAACCAUUUUAGAAAGCCAAGUUGAAUUCAAUAAUAACAAUAAUGAUUGGAAAUUAACAGAUCAAAACGAAACAAAUGAAUCGUUAUUAAGGAGUGCGUUACAAGGAAAAGCAUUCAUUAGAUAUAGCACUAUACAAAAAAAUACAAUUAAAUUAGAUGGAAGUACGGAACUCAAGAGAGUUAUCAUUAACAACAACAACAAAGCAGAUGUACCCUCUAUGUAUCAAGAUAAUAAGGAAACAGAUCAGGAACUCUUAAUGGCGAUAGGGCCACCCAACGGUAAUGUAAACAUAUCAAUUUUGUUAGAAGAUCCUAAUACAACUGUUAUAACAAAUGGUGAGAACCCGUCAUCAACUCAAAGCGUUGAUGACAUUCUGCUAUCGAACCUAGAUGCCAAUUACCCUGAGGACUACGAAAAGUUAAAACGAAUAGCGACGGAGCUGGGAGAGUCUAUGCAAACUUUUUGCACGGUGGAAACGCUGGAUCCUACCAGAAGCGUCUACAACAUACAUCAUGUAAACGGUGAGCUAGUGACAAUGAUCCCUGCCAGUGAUGUCCAGUUACCCCAGCAUUUACAAAUAGUGACAGCCUCGCCGACUGUGACCAGCACAAAAACCCUUAGCAAAAAACACAAAAGGCUACAGAAUAAAAAUUCACCGCCUGCCGCCCAGGCGCAGUCGGGCACCGCAAUCCAGGCGGCGACGUCCACGUCGAACGGCGUAAGAAAAGAAAGAUCUCUCCAUUACUGCUCAAUUUGUUCGAAGGGAUUUAAGGAUAAGUACUCGGUGAACGUGCACGUGCGGACACACACGGGGGAGAAGCCGUUCUCGUGCUCGCUGUGCGGGAAAAGCUUCCGGCAGAAGGCGCACCUCGCCAAGCACUACCAGACGCACAUCGCGCAGAAGACCGCCGCCGCCAACGGUGCGGUCAAGCCCAACAAGAGGUAACCGCGCCGCCUCGUCCUCCCCGCUUCACAUUGAUAGUCAAUUGAACUUUGUCUCGGUGAUAAACAAAAUGUACUCUUUAAACGUAUACCUAAAGGCUGAAGUAUCACAGAUGAAUUUGGUAAGGUGCUAAUUAAUUUAGUAGUUUAGAACAAUAAGGCAGUCGCGAAGGUGAGAUUUGAAGGUUCUUGGCCGUUAUCUUAAUUGUUAAUUCGUAUGUAAUUCCGCCCGUUACCGAAUACUUUUUAGCUUUAGCUAAGAACAGGUACUAUUAAGUGUUUAAUUACGAGAUUAUGAUAUAUCAUAUUUAUUAGUCAUAAUAAUGUUAGUUUACAAUAAAGUCAUACGUAUUUUCAUGCAUUUCGUGUAGGUGUACGAGUAAUUUGAUUCCUGAAAUGUCCUGAAUUCAUGUCUGUUCGCUCGCGUACCACUUACGCAGAGCCAGACGAUCCCAUAUUUUCGAUUUUGUCCGUUCUGUGUAAUCCUAUCGAUCGAUAACUAAAUGAAACAGCCAUCAGAUAACCGCCUCCGACAAUGAUGAGCAGUGCUGGGAUUACUGCUCGCCGCCGCCGUAAUUUCUCCCGCUGUGCGACCGACUAAACUUUCUAAAAAAUAAAAAAAAACAGAGUAAAAGAACGAGUAUUCACUACCUACCAUCUUUCACCGCUUAAAUAUCUAUAAGGCGGAGCGGUGUUCGCAGAUCUGUUCACGGUGUUAUUUUUUCCUCAUACUCAGCACAUGAAUGGCACUAUCAUUUUAGACGGCGCGGUACCUACUGGCACGCUAAUCGCCGAUCUUACAUAAUAUCCGUUUAAGAGGAGAGUAUUUCUCCAUAAUAUCUAUUUUAAGAUACGAAUAACACCGUGCUAUUAUUUUAAUUCGCCUCUUCGAAAUAGCCCAUUUGAAGUCGAGGACGAUUAUUCGACCAUCCAUAUCGGAAAACCCGGUGAGCGGUUUCUCAUUGCCAAUAUUACAUCUUUCGCCUCAUAGGUACCAAGAUAGCCUGAUUGCUCCCAGAUUGCUAUAAAUUAGAAAUACAAGUGGUAGUUCAAUCAUGGUCUUUAAAAUUGUGCUCCCUUUCUCGUCUAACAAAUUGGCCUUUCUUUGUUCGGGUCCAGCACUUAUAUAGAGUACAUGGUCUCGGCUCACAUUGUUUACACAGCGCCCGCGCGGUGCAGCCUGAACAUAAGCAUGAAAGUGCUUCUACUAUCAGUGAAAAGUAAUUGCCUUGCGUCGUAGACACCAUCCCAUGAUCUAUUUCACUAUUGCUUUUAGAAAUUGAUUGCGCUGAUAAACUUAAUGAUUUUUAAACAAUGAGCUUUCACUGUUUUGAACAUUUCUAAAGAUUACUAUCUUUUAUUCAUAUUUCCUAAUCUGGGUAAUUUGGAACCAACCGCAAGCUUACAAAGUUAAAAAAUGUCUGUUCAUUAAUAGAUUACGCAGCAGUUUGUAGGUAAAAAGUAAAAUGAAUUUGAUUUGGUCCGACCUCCAUAGCAGGAAACCUAGUCUUUAUAAUGAGUGUCGAACCGCGGCGAUGACGCAGCGGCUUCUGCGCGGGCGUGAAACCGCGGCUGCGCGAUCUGAUCAACACCGCCAUUUUUGAUGCUACUACACAAUAUUAUUUGAUCCCACUAAAAUUCCCAAUGAAUCACAGUCACACACAGGUAGAAACAGAAAUUGGCUACCUACUCUUUACUUUUUUCUGUUUAAACUUGGCAAACAAGCAUAACACUGAUUUCAGUAAAC